GAUGACGGUGGCCGAUAGUGGUCUACUCUCGCUGUACUGCGCUGCGCGGCCUCAGAAGGAUGCGCCUGCGCAUUGUGCUGGUCUCCAUGGCAGGGCCUCGGAGCCAAGACGAGAAAAAAUGCUGCUGUGAAGACAUAAUUAUAGCUCUCACACAAAUGAAGCCACAACUAUCAUGAUUUAGUGCCCCCCCCAAAGGAAGAACUUCAGUGGACAAGAGAGGGCAUUUCUGGGAAUAGUAGAAUGCUUGAGGCCUGAAUUUAAACGUGAGCUACUACCUGAAGCUAUUAAAUAAUAGAAGAAAAUGGAAUUGAAUAUACCAGCAUGGAACAAUCUAAUGAUUCACUAAGAGUCAACCAUAAUGAUUCCGAAGAAUCAAAAACAGAUUCUCAGCAUCUAACCUGUAUGGACUCCAGGGAUCCUUCCUUUGGACAGAAUGGUUCUCCUAGAGUUUUACCCAUCACCUCUCAUGAAGCAGAUAAUUCACUCACAUCACAGAAUAUACCUGGGGCCCUGACUCAAACACAGACUCUUUCUGCAGAACAGUUCCACCUAGUGGACCAAAAUGAGCAACCUAUUCAGUAUGAAUUCCAGUCACUGGGGGAUUCUAAUGCACAAAUGAUGAUUGUUGCCAACCCAUCAGAAAACCGACAGGUGCUGCGUGUAAUUCCAUCUACCCAGACAGGAAUGGCACAAGUGAUUAUACCUCAGGGGCAGCUUGUGGAUGUGAAUAGUCCUCAGGAUGUCUCUGAAGAGAAACCCAGUGAUAGAAAUUUACCAACUGUAAGAGUGGAUGUUCUAGCGGAUAAUACCAGUAGUUAUACUCUUCAUCCACAAGCAUCUGUCACAUUGCCCAAAAAGACAGUGGCCAGAAUGCUUGAAGAACCCUUUCUGGCUCCUCUCCAGCCACUUUCUUCUAAUACACCUAUGUGGGCCUGCCAUCUUAGAAGCUGUGAGAAAAUUGGAGAUUCAUACCGUGGCUACUGUGUAAGUGAGACUGAAUUAGAAAGUGUCCUAACAUUUCAUAAGCAGCAAACACAGAGUGUUUGGGGUACCCGCCAAUCUCCAAGCCCAGCCAAGCCAGCUACACGCUUGAUGUGGAAAUCUCAGUAUGUCCCAUAUGAUGGAAUCCCAUUUGUCAAUGCAGGGAGUAGAGCCGUGGUAAUGGAGUGUCAGUAUGGGCCAAGGAGAAAAGGUUUCCAGUUAAAAAAAAUCAGUGAGCAGGACGGCAGGUCUUGUCAGCUCUACAAAGCCACUUGUCCAGCCCGGAUUUACAUUAAAAAGGUACAGAAGUUUCCUGAAUAUAGAGUUCCUACAGACCCCAAAAUUGACAAGAAAAUAAUCAGAAUGGAGCAGGAAAAAGCCUUUAACAUGCUAAAGAAGAAUUUGGUAGAUGCUGGCGGUGUUCUUAGGUGGUAUGUACAGUUACCUACAAAGCAAGCUCAUCAGUAUCACGAAUUAGAGGCUUCCUGCCUCCCUUUGCCACCUUCCCCAUUUCCUGUGUCUUCUCUUGAAGAAGAGGAAACUGCAAUUAGGGAUGAGAAUUGUGCAUUACCCUCACGUCUACAUCCUCAAGUAGCACAUAAGAUUCAAGAAUUAGUGUCACAGGGAAUAGAACAAGUAUAUGCAGUAAGGAAACAGCUAAGAAAAUUUGUAGAAAGAGAACUAUUUAAACCUGAUGAGGUACCUGAGAGACAUAAUUUGUCCUUUUUUCCAACUGUAAAUGAUAUUAAAAAUCACAUCCAUGAGGUACAGAAAUCCUUGAGAAAUGGAGAUAAUGUGUAUAACUCAGAGAUCAUUCCAGCAACGCUUCAGUGGACUACAGAUAAUGGGCAUAUUCUCAGAGAGACUGUGACAGUUACCUUUGCAGAAGGAAAUUCACCAGGGGAAUCAAUUAACACUAAAGUGGAAACAAAUCAGACAAGGCGUUCUUUGUCUCCAGAGCCAGCCCACUUGCUUUCUUCGCUUUCCUCAUUUCAGCCAAAAAUAUUUACACAACUACAGGGUUUGCAGUUGCAACCAAGAUUCACUUCUCCUGAUGGAUCACCGGCUCUGAUAUCAGUAAAUAACCACCCUUCCUCCAGUCCUUCAAGACUUCUGGAUUCAUUAGAAAGUACUGUAAUGAAUAAUAAUUCUCUACUGCUUGGUCAAAGUCAUAGUCUUCAAACAGAUACAUGCCUAACCCCAAACAAUAGCAUUAUUGCCUCUACCAUGGGUAGCCUUCCAGGACCAGAUCAAAAUCUGGCCGCAAUGGACCAGCUGGUGGAAGUUGGAGAUGUUGAGGAUACAGAGAAUAUGGAAGGAAGCGUUCAUCGGAUUCUGCUGGGAAAUGUGCAGACCAUCCCAAUACAGAUUAUAGAUAGCCACCCAACUAUUAGUAGAAACUGGAACUAUCAAUAUUUUCAUGUAAGUAUUUCAAUGAGUAGCUCUUUAAAAAUAGUUUCUAAAUUUUUAAAAAUUCAUUUAUCCUCUAAAUGCAUGUUCAGUCACAAUAUAUCAGUAUUGUAUUUUAAAGGUGCUUAGCAUCGCUUUUUUAAAAGUAUGUUUACAUAUUUUAAAUAUUCAGUUAUUUUUUAAAUGCACAGGGUAUUAAAUACAAGUGCAUAAAAUUUUCAGUAUCUAUAUUUGGCAUUCUCCUAACAGCUCUACAGCAAACUUUGACAUGUGCUCUUUUGUGUCAUGUAUUACAAGGUGUAAUGUCUGUAGUAGUGAGUUGGUUGGACAUUCAAAAUAAGCAGUUAGAAAUUCAUAAUUACAGCUGAGCUUUUUUCAUCACUGUGGUUUUCAUGUGCCAGAGCCUCUCAGUGAACUUUAUAGAUAAACACCACCCUGGUGGGCUUUUCCCUCAAUAUUAAUUUUCUCCAUAAGCAGUUAACAUGCUUAAAAGAAAAAGCUUUUAUACAAAUACCUUGUCUUAUCCAAGGUAAAUGUUUUCUAAAAGUCAUAAAAAUGAUAGAAAACAGAUUUUGGAAGCUGGUCCUACAUUAGAGUUUCUGAUUUUGAGGCCCACCAGCUUGUGUUUUGUUGUUACAUCCUGUCAAAAAUACAUACUUAAUCAUGUGAGUAUGUGAAAGAUGUCAUUUAAUUUGUACCAGGUUUUUUAAAAAGUUUUAAAAUGUGUGUAUAUAUAUUGUAACUUAAUGUAUAGUGUCCUUGUUAUAAUGUAAUUUUUUUCAUUAAAAAUCCUAUGUUAUUUUUUCCUUAAACUUGUUAGUUUUCUUUUUAUACCUUUUCUGGGGAUAGUGGUAGUUUUGUUCACCUUAGAGAUGUUGAAUAAACACUUUAAUUACCUGAGAAAUUUGGCUAGAAAUUUGAGUUCAAUUUGGAACCUGAAAGUUUUUCAGCAUAACUACCAGUAACUCCUGUUAUCAUUACAUUUAGGGACAUAUAUGCAUUUAGUACUCUGAGCUCAGCCAACCAUCAACAUUUUAAAACAAUGCAUGUAAUAAGGUAUUAGUAAUUCUUUUCUCACAUCUUGGCCUUGUGACAUCUUUAAGUACAGCUUUAUAUUUUUUGGCAUAAUGAAAGAAGCGUGUGAUUUUAAAAGGAGGGAUCACCCGUGUUUUUCCUCUUGGCUUUUUUUUUUUUUUCUUUAUUCCACCCUGCCUGUUUUAUAGGACCAUAGAAAAUCUUACUGUCUCCAGAAGGGGUAGUGUAUUAACUAUUCCCCAUCAGUUGAUUUAGCUUUAGACGUUUUAAAUGGUAUAUUGCUUUGAUAUCUAAGUAUCUAUAAUUCUACUUAAUUAACUUAGUUGUAAUGGCAAAGCUUUAGUGUACUUUUGCCACAUACAUAUUAACUAUGAAAACUAUUGUUAAAUAAUACAAAUAUUCACUGAUGACUGAAUUCUUAAAACUUCAGGAAUAAAAUCAGAAUCUUAAAAAAACUCACUAAUGGAUUCUAAAUUUGAUUCAUGAGAAAAAUAAAUAAAUUGUAUGGUUAAUAUUGAAAACCUUUGAAAAUGUGAUAUGGGUAUAAUCAUGCAGGGGAAAUGUUGUUUAAGGGUAAAACUUGCAAAUGGGAAAUAAGUCCUGGAAUUCUAAUGUACAGCAUAGUUGUUAUAGUCAAUAAUACUGCAUUAUAAAAUUCAAAGUUGCUCAGAGACUACAUCUGAAAGGAAAGAAUGGGGGGGUAAUAAAAAAAGGGAAAGAGUAAUUGUGUGGCAUGAUAGUGGUUAUUAGCUAACUUUAUGGUGGUAAUCAUAUUACAAAAUAUAAAUUACCAAAUCAACACAUUGCAUACCUUAAACUUAAUGUUAUGUGUCAAUCAACCUCAAUUGAAAAAAAAGAAUUCUAAAACCAGAGGAUUAAGUGGGAGUCUCAGAUAUUAGCAGUUUUUAAAAAUAUUUUUAUUGAGGUAUAAUUGACAUAAAAUAAAUUGCACAUAAAGUGCACAAUUUAAUAAGUUUUGAUAUGUGUAUACAUCUACGAAACUAUCACCACAAUCAAAAAAAUGAACAUAUCCAUCACCUAGAUCCUAGUGCCUCUUUGUACUCCAUCCCCUCUUCUUCCUGCCUCCCACCCCUAUCUCACCAUCCCCAAACAACUACUGAUUUGCUUUCUGUCACUAGAGAUCAAUUUUUGUCUACAGUUUUAUAAAAAUGUAUGAACAUUUUUUAUCUGACUAUUGUCACUCAGCAUAUUCAAGAUUCACCUAUAUCAGAAUAUAUGAAUAGUCCAUUCCUUUUUACUGCUGAGUAGUAUUCCAUUGUAUGGAUAUACCAUAAUUUGUUUAUCCAUUCACCUGUUGAUGGACAGCUGGGUUGUUUACAGUUCUAGGCUAUUACAAAUAAAGCUGCUAUGAACAUUUGUAUAAAGCUCUUUGUAUGAAUAUAUGCUUUCAUUUCUCUUAAGUAAAUAGGAGUGGAAUGGCUGGGUCAUUUGGUAGGUAUAUAUUUAACAUUUUAGGAAACUCUCAAGUGAUUUUUCUGAAGUGGUUAUACCACCUUACAUUCCUGUCAGCAAUGUAUGAGAGUUCUAGCCACCAGUUGGUAUGGACAGGCUUUUACAUUGUAGGCAUUGUAAUAGGUGUGUAGUAGUAUCUCAUUGUGGUUUUAAUUUCCAUUUCUAUAAUGACCUAUACUGUUGAACAUCUUUUCAUGUGUUAUGUGCCAUCUGUAUAUCUUAUUUACUGGAGUGUAUGUUUGAAUCUUUACCUCAUUUUUAAAUGGAAUUGUUUUCUUAUUAUAGAGGUUUAGAAA